AGUUGAAUUUGUUUUUUUUUCAUACCUAGCUUGUUUAUAUUGUAUUGUAGAGAUAUUUAUUUAAGCGAAAAUGAUGCACGAAAUGUCUGCUCCAUCUGGAGGAGUGGGUUCGUCCAGUGUAGGGAGCAGAUUAGCUGGUGAAGAACCUCCUCCUUCCGCGACAAAUGGGUCGCAGAGUGGGGACAGUUAUCAGCCUUUUGGAGCCCCCAAACAGUCACCCAUAUACACACCUUCGGCUGUUAAGCAAUCAGGGUUUUCAAACGGCAACACUGGAUUUCAAAAACCUGCUGCCGGUGCAAGCAAUCUUAGCAUGCAAGCAAUGACACAAACAGCCAUGGAAAAGGCAGAAUUUUUGAAGUCUUGGAGUGUAAAAACGUACAAAUGUACAAAGCAAAUAUUAUCAGAAAGAUUGGGCCGCGGAACAAAAACCGUUGAUGUAGAGCUAGAAGCGAAAAUUGAAAUACUACGUGACACAAAACGCAAAUAUGAAAAUCUUGCUGCAGUUUCACAGGCUUUGAGCACUCAUAUUUCAAACAUGAUGCAAGCCCAACGUGUACUCAGUGAAGCGUUUAAUGAGCUUUCUCACAAGUCAAACGAGUUGAAAGAAGAGUUUCGUUACAAUUCGGACACUCAACAAGUUCUUGUGAAAAAUGGUGAAAGCUUGCUCGCAGCUAUUCAAUUUUUCAUUAACGGCAUCAAUACAUUGUGUAAAAAGACCAUGGAAGACACUCUCCUAACGGUUACGAAGUACGAACAGGCAAGAGUGGAAUUCGAUGCUUAUCGGACUGAGUUGGAAACUUUGGCACUAUCUCCGAGAACAGCAGCAACUGUUUCAAAACAAGGAGCCGCUGAAGUUAACUUCAACAAACAGAAAGAACUUUAUGAAAAACUGAGGAAAGAUGUUGGAGUAAAACUUCAGUUUUUGGAUGAAAAUCGUGUCAAAGUCAUGCAGAAACACCUCCUAUUGUUCCACAAUGCUGUAACUGCAUUUUUUGCAGGAAAUCAACAGAUGCUUGAAGCUACGUUACAACAAUUUAGCGUAGCUCCGAAGUUACCAGGACAAACCAAGUCAUCUUUUCUAGAGAAGGAAUAAACUAUGAGUCGGACAAAUUUGCGAUGUGCAAAUGUUAGUUUAUGAAUAAAUAUGUUAUGUAAAGAUUUGCACAAAUGAAGCAAACCCUCAGAAAAACAAAACUAUGCUCUUGGUGCUUUUAUACUUUGUGAAAACAAAUACAUAUUUUUUUGGUAUAAGUGGAGGUAUAUUCAUCGUAUCGCAUAACAUUCUUGCUUAAUUCUAAUCUUCGUAUAAACACAACAAGUCGAUUGUUGGACUAUAAUGUGGCAGAAUCACUGAUCUGACCGGGAUUUCUUCAUGUACAUCUAAUUUGGAUUCUGAUAUCGAAAGUUGUAAAGUUAAUUUUGCGAAACAGUAAUUUUAUUAUUUAAACAACCCUUUAUGGGCUUGGAAACCUUCCCUCAUUCCCGAAUUAUCGCAUAUAUUCUACAAUCAAUUGGACAACCAACAUCUGCUGACCUUUUCUUCUCAAUAAUAGUCAUAACAUUUGUAACUCGUAUUAAUGUGUCAGAUGUUUUUUGGGUGCUUCUAUCAACAUUUAUAUUCCCCCUUGAUUUGAGCAUUAUUCCCUUGAAAAAAACGAUGCAUUUGAAAUGGAUAUAUCAAUUUAACUCUUGUACUCUCAGUUAUGGAAACUUAGUAAUGACAAUCUUUCUUCUAAAAUUACUUAUUUAGCUUGUUGAUGUCUGUUUAGUUUUUCGUAGCAAAUUCGCAACUUUAUUUUAUCGAAGAUUUGUCUUAUUUACUGAUAUAAUAGUAUCAUUAGUAUGGUUGCUUUUUAUUAGCCAAUCAUUUCCUUUAUUAUUUAACAUUGUCUGAUAUUUCUUACCGUUUUAAUGUGAAAUUUGUAUCAUUUAACUUGAGCAUUCCUUUAUGAAGUAUAUCUCAUUUGUGGGUGCUCUCUCCUGUAUUAUUAAGCACAAUUUUGAUUUGUAUAUAUGUGCCAAGGCAAUGGACCAUAUCAAGCUGUCCUAUUCUACCUUUACUUGUGUGGGUUUUAAAGUCAUCUUGACCUUUUAUCAAGUCAAUUUAAGUGUAUUCCUAUAUGAUUUUUAUCAACUAGAACCCCUGCUUCAAAAAUUUGGAAUGUAUAAAAAUUUAUGAGCUGAAAAGGAUAGAUUUUACUAUGUGUAUGAAGUAUUAAAAAAUUCUAAAUAUUGAAAAUUAAUUAGAUGGUUCGAAGCUGGAGCCACUAAUGUUUCUGGUAGCUCGGGCUUCAUCUAACAGGGUAAGCUUGACUUAAACUCCGCCAAAAUGUCAUUGCUCCAGAUUCCGGCUCCCCAGCCAUGGCCACAAUACCAAUGAAUUUUGCAUGACGUAAAUGAUGAUUGUGAUAUGCACAAGGUAUCUUUUUCCAUGCAAUGAAAUAAUCUAACAAUUAUCCAAAAUUGCCCAGCAUGGCAUUAUUGGUUUUUCAUGUUCAAUAUUCAUCUAUUAAUAAAUAGCCACAAUGGUCCAAAGUUAAUUAAAAGCUUGGCUGCCAAAUAAUUCGACCUAAAAUCAGGUCGAAAAAUUGUGUCUAGAAAAUCGGCCUAGUAUCUGCAAAAUACAGUAUAUCUAAAAGACAUGGUUAGUGUGGUUAUACCCAUGAAGUUGAAGUUCCUUGAAGUAUUUUGCCAACUGGUACUAUGAGUAUUUUUGUUCUUAUUUGGCUUGUAAUGGCCAAUAUACAUAGUAUACUGCAGUCCUACAGUUCGCAGUCGGCACCAUGCAUAUUUAUGAUAGUAUUUUUCACAAUGUUUUGUGUCAAUUUAUUAUUAUAUAUUUCUUUUGUAAAACUAUGUAAAACUUAUAAUUUAAUGUGUAAUUAGGUGGUGGGUUGUUCAGAUAUGGCAGUUUAUUUUCCUGACUGAGCGUCAUAUUGUAUAUUUCAAGCCGGUGUUUCUGAAACGGGGGUUUGUGAAAAUUGUACAUGUUUCAAGACUUGUUGUCAGAAAUCUCAUUCUUUUUUUUGUUUUAUGAAAUCAAGACAUUCACCUAGUGUGCGGUUGCUCUGUUAAGUAAAAAUGCAUAAUUGCGAGUUUUUUACAUCACAUUUUCGCUUAAUAAGACCUUUAUUUAUCCAUAACCAGUCUGUGGCUGCUUUAGCGAUUUUGAAAGGCGUCCACAAAGAUGAAAAGCGUCCUUUUCAGGAUGAAAAUUUGAUUAUACAAUGAACCAGUGGCAGUGUUUAUCAGCCUUUUUGGUUUGAAGAUAAAUUAAGCAUCUCAAUUCAAAUUCCCAUUUCCAUAUAUAAUAGUAUAUUGUGAUUUGUGACACACUCUGCUAAAAAGCGUAAGAAACUGAAAGAUUUGAGAAUAACAUAUAUGAUAUUUUCGAGAGUGGCAAAUUGAAUUUCAACCUUUUGAGAGAGGCUUUGUCACUAAGCGCUGGCUCAUGUAACUAAUAAAAAAAAAAUUUAAUUACAUGGAAUGCAAAUGUGAAAUAUUGUGUUGAAAUUUAUAUAUUAUAUUGGCUAUCCUUUUAUUUUCCAAAUGCAAACCUCCCUUUUCAAUUUACGUAUAUACGCUUGGUGCCUAGGAUCUUAUUGUAUGCCAAAUUAAUUUUGUUAUGUAACGCUUUCUGGGGGGCCAUCGACCAUUGGUUACUAAAUUGUCUGGAUUCGUUUUAUGCUCAGUUUUUGAGCAGCAAUUUGUGAUGACAAGUUUAUAUUGAAAUAUUCAGAUCCAGUGCUAGUAUAAAUGUGAAAACUCUGGUGCUAUUAUAGCAUGGGAUUGGCCCAAGCUUGUUUUAUAACGAGAGGCAUACAUUUUCCAUCCCUAAUGGAUUACACUUAUUUUUAUACAUUAUAUUUAGCCAUUAAUGCUAUGGAUCUGACCCUAACCCAAACACAGUAGAACUCAGACUGCGCCUGCGUAGCUGACAUAAUGGUGGUGGACCUCAAGAUAUAAUAUUAUCAAAAUUCCCAAUAAAUGAUUAUUUUUGUUGUUAAUUUGGUUUCUGUGCCGCAAGCAAAUGUUAUGAAAUGGAAAUUAUUUAUGGAAAUUAUUAGAAUGUCCCUUAUAUUCGUGAUUUGUACAAAAAUUUCAAAUUCAAUGUUGACUAUUACUGGAUGGAGUGUAAUUUAGAAAAUAUCUGAGCAUCGUCAAAAUGCUUCAAAACUUUAUUAUACAUUUGAUCAAUAUACAUAAUAUGUGCUGGAAAUUGGCCCAAUAUUUUGAAUUUAAAUCCAUGUUAAAUAGAUUUUUCCCUGGACAGUCUAGGUACCUGUAAAUUGAACCUUGUAAAUUUUAUUGUUUUAAAAGCCAGUAAAUGUCAUAAAUAUAUGAUUGAUGACCUGUAUUCGGGCGCAUUUUCUAAGAAAACAAUUAGAGGUCUCGAGAAGAGUGCUUUCAAUGAAAACAUUUUUUUUUGGACCAGACGGUGGUAUUUUUUAAUGGAUCAGGUCGUCUUAAAUUUCAAUUUCCCUUUUUUGCUUCAUUUUUCUCAAUUUAGGUAGAACUGAGGGUAUAGAAUAAAAUAGAUGCUGCUCUAUCCUUUCCUUAUUUAUGCCUGACCAAUGAAGCUUAUUUUUCACUUUGUUGGUAUCUCAGUUUGGUAUAGAAAUGUAAAUUCGAGGGUUUCAAGACAAUAGGGCGAAAUUUGAAUUUUGAAAUAAUUUUAUGAAGAAAAAUUAUGAAGAAAAAUCUGCUUUUUGAGCUGUUUUUUUUUAUCAAAGUUUGAUGGCAUAUUUACCAAAGUUUCAACAAAAAGUUAAAGAUGCUGAUAGUGCCCUUUUGAGUUGAAGCCCUUGAAUUAUUAUUGUGAAUUUUUUCAUGCAAAUUGCUUGUAGUUAUUAAGCUGAUAUUAUUAAUGUUUCUUAUAAAUGAAAUUAGUUAUUUGAAGAUAUUGUUGUAUUUGAAGGGUUCAAGCUAAUCUGACCAUUUUUUCGAAUAUCAAUUUUGGAUAUUUAUUCUGCUUUUCAGUAAAACAUUGUUUUCUUUAUGUACAUUCAAGCAAGGGCAAACCACAGAAUUUGUGUUUUAUGCCUGUUCCAUGUUUGGCCCAUUUUCAUCAAUUUGUACCAGAAUGUUUAAUGGGUCCACUCUACUUUGGUACUGUUCUGCAAAUCACAACCCUAAAAUCAAUAUUAGCGUAAUCAGUCUGCUAUAGCGUGAAGUUUGCCUAUAUGUGUCGCCUGACAGGUGUCAUAUCUUUACUCGGCCUGAACUAGUUCAUAUUGAUUGAGGGUAAUUCAAAAUGUUUCACCCUAACUCUAGCAGGGAUCUGCUUUAUAUUAAUGAGGUAGAUCUCAUGCGAAUAGUACUAGGUAACUUGAGAUAGAUCUCACUCUAUAGUACCAGCUUACGAGUGGUUUAUGAGAUCGUACGCUAUAUGUUGGUAGACCCCACGCUUAUAGUACAAUCUUGAAGUAGAUCUUACUCUAUAGCACUGCACACUCCGAGUUUAUUUGUGUAUUAUUCCCUGCAAGGAUGAAUUUAUCAUCCUUUUAUUUUUCAUUUUUUUGGUUUUCAAGGUAGACCAAGUACCAAAGUAGACAAACCCAUUCUUACAACAGCACUAUAGUAUUGUAUUUAUUAUCCAUGCAUGUAUUGGUCUCUAAACUGAAUCCGCUUAAUUUUUAGA